UUCACUUCGGCAUUUUUCUCCUGGUCCCUGGAAGGAGGAGGGGAAGCGGAUAGUUGCGCCUUUCGGAGAAGUGGGAUCAUCGGAGAAAGGACUCUGCUGCCUGCUUUCUGGUCAUACAAAUCCAGGAACAAUGGCCCGCGGUAAACGUGAUGAGCAGGCCCAUCCUAGCAAGAGAUAUGAUCGUCCUAGCAAUGGAUAUGAUCCGGUACAGGAAGAAGAAAAAGGUCAUACAAAUGUAGAAAUGCAGAACAUAGAUGAAGAGCAAGAUCUGCAACGCACUUCUCCCAAUGGAAAUGCAGGAGGACAAGAGGAAAACUCAGAAAAAAAAUGUUUGUCAGCUUGCUCUAAAUACAGAAAAGCAAUAAUUGGAGUUGUCAUUUCUUACAUCCUCCUCCUGAUCAUCAUUUUUAUCCUCGUUGCCCAUUUCCUGUCAUGCACCACAGAAAAUCAGAAGAUCCAGGCAGUUCAAACCGGAACACCAGUGCCAUUAAACUGCCAAAAGGAUGCCACAAAAUGUCUACCUCUUCCAUGUCCACCUGACUGGAUUGGACAUCAAGGACACUGCUACAAAUUGUCAGAAGAGGAAAAAAACUGGACGGAGAGCCAGAACUCCUGUAUUUUACAUAAUGCUUCCCUGGCCAAAUAUACAGAGGAGAAAAUGGGUAUUAUGAGAAUGUUCACAAGAGACCAUGUCUUUUGGAUCGGCCUCAAGAGAGAACCAGUUCAACCCUGGAAGUGGCUAGAUGGAGAAAAUGCAACGGUGAAAAUCAUGGGGAAUGGAGGAGAUUGUGCUUUUAUGGACAAUGAUGUCGCAUUCAUGUCAGUGAGAUGCAGCAGUCAGCACUACUACAUAUGCCAAAAAAAAUGCUCCUAAGAGACCCUGAAAGAGAACUGGAAGUAUAGCUAGUUCUUGACUUACAACAGUUCAUUUAGUGACCAUUCAAAGUUACAACAGCACUGAAAAAAGUGACUUACCAUUUUUCAGACUUACAAUGAUCACAAGUUUAAAAUUCAGAUGCUGAGCAAGAUCCUGCCAUCACCUUCUGUGGCCUUCUGACAAGCAAACUCAACGGGGGCAAGCAAAGAUGCACUUACCAACUGUGUUGCUGACUUAACAACUGCAGUGACUCCCUUAACAAGUGGGACAAGAAAGGUCGUUAAAUGGGACCAAACUCACUUAACAAUUGACUCGCUUAGCAACAGAAAUUUUGGACUCAAUUGUGGUUGUUAGUCGAGGACUACCUGUUGUCAGACCUGGAAGCCAUCUUUUGUAUUUGGGCAUUUGCAGUUACAUGAUCCCGACUUUCAGCCUUUUUUGCUGAAAAUGGGUGUUUUCCACAAAAAACACCCAUUUGGGAAGCUGGAUUCACUUAAUUGUGGUGGCCACUGUAAAAAUGGUUGUAAAAUUGGGCCUGAUUCAGUUUAUGACACUAAUGACUUACGAUGGAAAUUCUGUUCCUAAUUGUGAUAGAGAAUUACCAGGAAUUACAUGCAAUUAGGAAUUACUGCUCAAUUAGGAAGUUGAAGACCCAGAUUGUUGGGGGCCAUAUGCUGACUAUGUAAACCGCUUAGAGAGGGCUGUAAAAGCACUAUGAAGCAGUAUAUAAGUCUAAGUGCUAUUGCUAAUUGUAAGUCGAGAAUUACAGGACCAUCAUGGCGGCCAUAGGCCUAUCCCAAAACAGCGGGGCAGGCUUCGAAACUCAUGCACCAGUUACAGUUUUCUUGUCUUCAGUAGUAGCAAUGUGAUCUGAAAGGGAAACUAUUUCUGUCGUGUCUCCCUGCCCCCCCCCCACUCCACCUCCAUCAUGACCGAAUCAUUCCCUGGUGACCAAAACACUAUAUAGUAUAAAUGAUGGUAAUGAUAAUGAUACACAGAUAGCCCUUAACUUAUUAGUGACCAUUGACCAAAGUUACAAUGGCACAGAAAAAAGUGACAUGACCAUUUUUUGCACAUAUUUAUUAUUUAUUUAUUUAUUGGUUCGAUUUAUAUGCAACCCUUCUCCGGAGACUCAGGGCGGCUUACAAUGCGUUAAGCAAUAGCCUUCAUACUUUUGUAUAUACCUGCUUAGUAGGGCUUUCGGCCCCCCCUAAACGGUGUUCUUUGUUAUACAAAGUCAGCUUAUUGCCCCCACAAUCCGGGGUCCUCAUUUUACCCUUUGUAGCAGCCCCAUGGUCAUGUAAUAAAAAUUCAGACACUUGGCAACUGUCUCAUAUUUAAGUUGUCAAAAUAAUAAAGAUAAAUAAAUUAAAAUAAAUUAAA